AUGGAGGAGGCGCUGAAGACUUACCUUUUUCUGGAAGCGAGCAGUAGCUGCGUCAAGCACGUGGAAAAGGUUGGUGCUGACAAGCCACUGCCACACCUGGCGCCCUCCCCGCAGGACAUCCUGACCUUUUGCUACACUUCUGGUACAACGGGUGACCCGAAAGGGGUGCUUCUGACGCACCAGAACCUCUGUUCGGCCUGGUCUGCUGCAAGUGGUCGGGAUGCAUUGAAAGCUGGCGAUGGCGACGUUCAUAUGUCCUACCUGCCGCUCCCACACAUCUUCGAGCGGCUCGUGCAGUUUGGUGUCAUACUUGGCGGGGCAUCUAUCGGCUUCUACCAGGGUGACACUCUGAAGAUCGUGGAAGAUCUGCAGGCCUUGCGACCGACCUUCUUCCCAUCGGUGCCUCGGCUGCUGAACCGAGUACAUGACAGGCUGCUCGCCGGGAUAAACGAAGCUGGUGGCCUGAAGAAGGCCCUUUUUGAGCGCGCCUUUGCCGCCAAGAAGGGGAUGCUUCCGCAAGGCAAGAACACCCACCCCCUUUGGGACAGGAUCAUUUUCAAGAAGAUCGCAGAGAAGGUUGGCCUGGACCGAGUCCGCCUCAUCGUCACGGGGAGCGCACCUAUUGCCGACAAUGUCUUGGACUUUAUUCGAAUUGUUUUCUGCUGCCCGGUCUUGGAAGGUUACGGCCUUUCAGAGACAGCUGCAGGAGGCACCAUUACGGCAGACCAAGACAUGAUGCCGGGUACCGUUGGCGCGGUCACUGCCUGCAACGAGAUUCGAUUAAAGGACGUGCCGGACAUGGGCUAUCUACGCACAGACCAGGUACACAAGAUCGGUUCCAAGACCAUCCCAUGCUGUGGUCGCGGAGAGAUCUGCCUGAAGGGCCUCAACAUCUUCCAAGGUUACUACAAGAUGCCGGACAAGACUGCAGAGGCGAUAGAUGCAGAUGGCUGGUUCCAUUCUGGAGACAUCGGGAUGUGGACGCCUGACGGUAGGCUCAAGAUCAUCGAUAGGAAGAAGAACAUCUUCAAGCUUGCACAAGGCGAGUACGUGGCGCCAGAGAAGCUGGAGAAUCUCAAUGUGCAAAGCAAGUUCAUAGCCCAGAGCUUUGUCUACGGCGACAGUCUGAAGACUCAGCUCGUCUCUAUCGUGGUCCCGGACCCCGAGGUCGCCAAGGCCUGGGCCAAAGAGUCUGGCUCCCAGCCGCCUCGCACAGCAAGUUUAGUCAUGCAUUCGCCGGCUUCAGGUGCUGAGCAUUUGGGGUUGGAUGACUGUUCUACAGUUUUUGGUUGGGAUCUAGAGCCGUCACUACAUGCAGGCAGGUUGGGGAAUACAUCAUUUUCGCAAGAAAUGUUUAACAUGGCACGAAAAGUUCAGGGUUUAGGGCUUUCAUUCAAACCGUCAUGCUUCGUGAGAGUAAUGAUAUGCUGUACCUUUUUACGCGAUCAUCGAAAACACAGCAGUGAUCAAGCUGAAGGGACGUAG